GUGGCGAGUCUCAUGUUCAAACCCGACGCUGUCCGUCGUUAGUCUUUGUUUGAUUGACGACAUCACAGUGCGCCGGGCCCUCUAGAUACUCCGUCGGUUGAUCAGAUAUCGGGCUAUCAGUACACCAUGCGCACGCGCAGCUCCAACGGCGAAGGCGCGGGCGCGAUAUCGGACAAUCAUGCGAUUUGACUGGCUGCUUUUUGCUGGGUGCCUGGCAGCUUCAAGAGCUUUGAUCCGGCGAUUGAGCGAAGCGUGUCGAUUUAAUUGCCUCCCUUCGACACUGUGGCACUGAAGAACUUCGACUACGAGCUGAACUUCAGGUACCGGCAUGGACGGCGCGCUACGGUCUCUGCAACAAAGAAUGGCAUCGGGCAACCAGAGCCGUUACCCUUGGCGUUGGACUCUGGAACGCUUGCUGCGUGGCCUCAGCACCGAACGCGCUUGCUCAGCCGAUGCGUUCAGAGAAUGCUGGCUCAUCGGACAGAUAGCCCUGUGGAACCAGGCUCUGCGGCCAGCGAGGCUUGUGUUGACCGAGUUCGAGCCUGGGAAGCUAUGCCUGCGCUCCUAUGACGACCGGGACGGAUUCGGCGCCAUGUACCGUGGCGGCAGUGGCAACGAAAUUGACGGUUCUUUCCUGAUGGCCUGGCUUCCCAGGCAGCAUUUUUGCAUCCACGAAGUCCGGGUGCACGACAGAAUGCACGUAGAACGGCUCUCCUUCGUGGCUUCUUUCAUCGUUGGGCCAGCCCCCAACCUACACCGUGUGGUGUUGAGACCCCGCUACAGGCUCGAGCCCGAGGGUGGGUUCCUCGAGGCGUUUGGCCCGCCGCAGUGCCUCCGAGACCUCAGCCUCUCGAACGUUCACAUCACAGACUCCAUCGCGCCUAAGGUGGCCGAAGUUCUGCGCGCAAACGCCUCAACCCUGCAUACUGUCGCUCUCGUCGGAAACCAGCUCUCUCCGGAAGCCGCCUGCACCUUGCUUCUCGCACUUGUCGCUUGCGAGCAGCUCAGAGACUUGAGCCUUCAAGAUAGCACGGAUUCCUCUGCCUGCGACGCCAUGGCGGAGUUGUUCCGGAGCAACAGGGCACUUCAGAAACUCACGUUGGUGGGACUCGGCAAGGCCGGCAUGACCUGCAAGCACUUCGAUAGCUCCGACCGACGCAGAGUUUGCGCGCACUGUCUGAAAGACAUGUUUGCUGCGUUGGGGAGCGUUCUGUGCUUUCAGGACCUUACAUUGGUAUCGACCCCGAUCAAAGCCCUGAUGGGAGCGACACUGGCGCGCUUCCUCAAAAGGCAUCACUCGAUCGUCACAUUGUCGCUAGAAGGCUGUACAGUUGACUCCGAAGGUGCGGUGCAGAUUGCCAAAGCGCUGUCCACCAACUGCACACUGGAGCAUCUGCGCUUGCCAGACUGCACUCUUGAAGGCGAUGUUGUCACCAAGUUAUGUUCGGCCAUUGCUGCCAACAAAAACCUAAAGAAUCUUGUGCUGCCAGAGUUCUUCACUUCAUCACGAACGAUAGAUGAAGGAGGCCCUACACUCGACCUGCUGAAGCGCGUGUGUGCUGGCCGGGUCUACUUUCCCCUUUCUGUGCCUCUGCCAUCAUUCGUAUCUCCGGCCCUGGCGGAAGGCCUUUCGUGUGCUUCUAAGCUCAAAAUAUGCCACUGGGGAAUUGUGAGCGAUGUAGUUUUUGCCAUGUACGCCUCUAUGUCCCUAAAUUCUUCGCUGCAAUGCCUCCACGUUGACUACAUGGGUGGUGCUGAAACCGGCGCUGAAUCGGAAUCCCUCCUGAACGCCUUGUGCGUCGCCCUCACGGCCUGCGGACGCUUCCACACCUUCCACCUGGACUUGCACAGGUCCUUCAAUGACUUUGAGGAGGCAAUCCCACUGGCAGAAAUCUUCAAUGCCCUGGCAACCAAUCCACGCCUAAGGAAGCUUUCGCUGACCGUUCCACGCUUGGACCAAAAGGCUGCGCAGUUGCUGUCCUUAUUUGUGCCACAGUGCAAGAGGAGUUUGGUCGAGCUUCGUAUCAAGAGCUGUGAUGCCAUUCCAGAAGCUGCCUUUUCUGUGGUUUUUGCCAUGGUGACGAAGAACAUGUUCCUGUCAAAGCUGACACUCAGGUGCACUGCGUGGGACGAUGUGGUGCGGGCCAAUGCAGUCCUGGACGACGCCUUGGAGCGCAACUUGGGACUGCUCAACAAGGCGGCACGGUUUGUAAUGAGCAUGGACAGCGUAGGAGGGCCGGGGUCACUGGCCAACGAACGCAGUUGUGCCACUGCUUUUGACGAGCUGUGGAACACGGCAGCACUCUCGGAACAUCUGGUGACCCUGUCUGGAAAGCGCGAACACGAAGUGUUGCAGGACGUCACAAAGGCCAGGUGCUACCUGCAAGAGAAUUACAUGGUCUAUGCAGGCGUAGUGCAGGCAUCAGUUGUUUGUGAAGCCAUUGACGGGAGCACGCAGCUAGACGUACUCAACGCUGAUUGCUGGCGUGCCAUAGUGCAAUACCUUAAGCUCAGCGACGUCAAAGCAUCUGUUCUCUGAGCGAGGGGACCAGCUUUGUUUGUAGCAGUGGGGCAAGCAUUACGUUCCCAGGUUCCUGCUGCUAGAAAAAAAAACAC